UAAUUUGUGAUUGGUAUCACUAAUAAUUGCCCUGACCCCAUCCAUCAAAAGUCUAUAUAGUCAAUGUGAUACCAAUUUUAAGCUUAUUUUUGCUCUUUAAAAACGUCAUACUAAAUGGAUAACGUUUGAGAGCAGCGGUGUGCGAUAAAGACGAGUUUAGAUGCAGUGCAAUAUGAUUUUGUAUUGAAAUCUGUUGUCCACUGCACAGAGGUAUCAUGGGGUCCAUGCGACCAACCGGACGAUUCCUUUCGUUUACGAAGAACAUUCCGAGGGCACAGAAACCAACUGUGGCCAGUGGUUUUCCCCAAAGUUUGUCCGGCAGCGAGACGGAUGUCUCCACGUCGAACGAGAACCUGUCCCGCGAGGAGCGCUACGUGGUGCGCCACACCGCGCGCGUCGAGCCGCAGGGACAGGAAACGCAGACCCAGAACAAUAAUAAUAACAACAGGAAUUCCUUGAAGGAAAGCGUGACCGGCAGUAACCGCAACUCCCUGAAGGAGUCCGUGGGCGGCGGUAACAGUAACCGGAGCUCGCUCGACGUGUCGUCCUCAUCAUACAACACGCUCAUCAUACACAACCAAGACGACCCGUGGCCGGCGCGGCCGACGCCUAUUCGAGAACACGAACGAACCAGCAGCGAAGUAAAGCACACCACAACUCAAUCCUCGCCGUACCACACGUUAAAGAAGGCUGAAACCAAAAAGCCUAGCGGCAUACCCUUGCCUAAAGUCCACAAGGAACAAGCGGUCACCACCACGGCCAACUACAUUGAUAUUGGUGGGCAGAGGAUCUACACUAGUCCACCCGAUCAUUCCGUUCAGGAAAUAACCGAGAUCCCUGACGACUUCCUCAACCAAUCAUCAGUCCUCAAACACUUGGCCAAAGAGGUGGCCGGCACGCCGAGCGCGGAGCGCGGCCCCACCGAGCGGAAAGCGAAGGGCACGCCGAGCGCGGAGCGCGGCCCCACCGAGCGGAAAGCGAAGGGCAAACCCAACAAGCUUAGCAAGGAGAAGCUUAGCUUGAGUCGCUCGCAGCCGGACCUUACUGGUACGGUGGGCGUGCGCGCCGUGCCCGGCGGCUCGGAGUCCUCGGGCUGGUGCAGCGGCGGCGAGGGCUCCGCGGAGGAGCCGGACGACGCGUUCGGCGCCGUGCUCGACGCCCUGGCCGCCGAGAACCAGCAGCUCAAGAGGCAGCUCGGCGACGCGCUGGAGCGCGUCUCCAAGACCAACAAGUUGGAAGAGGAAGUGGAAAAAGUCCGCUGCGCCCACGAGGAACUAGUGGGGUCGUGUACCCGCCGGGAGCAACUCGAGCGAGCCGCGCGCACGAGGCUGCAGGCAGACUGCCGCCGGCUGCACGACCUCAACCGCGCGCUCAAGCAGCAGGUGGAGUUGGUGUCGGCGGGCGUGCGCGCCGACGGCGACAACAACGCGGAGGCGCUGCGGAAGGAACUGCAGAACAGGGAGAUGCUCAUCGCUCAGCUCAUUGCACAGAACAAGGAGCUGGCGUGCAGUAAAGAACGACAAGAAAUCGAGAUGGCAGCCCAACGAGCAACGCUACAAGAGCAGCGCACGCAUAUCGACAUACUCGACACCGCGCUCACCAACGCGCAGUCCAACGUUGUACGCCUCGAGGAGGAGUGCCGCCAUGCAAGCGGCUACGUGGAGCGCGUCAUGGGCCUUCAACGUGCGUUGGCGUCUCUCCAACAAGCUUCGGACCGCCGCGAACACACCGAGAGGAAACUCAGGGCGCAGCUAGAGAAGGAGCUACAGACAUUGAGGAAACGCGAGUGCAACUGCGGCGAGCGCGGCGCGAGCACCGCGGGCGGUGAGGCGGAACUGCGCCGGCAGCUGAGAGAGCGAGACGAAAGACUCCUCGCGUUAGAGGGAGAGUGCGCCAAGUGGGAGCAACGCUACCUCGAGGAGGCGGCCCUGAGACAGGCUGCUGUUUCUGCUGCUUCAAUACCCAAGGACGCAAAAAUAGCUGCUCUAGAGAAGACCUCAGCGGAGUCCGAGCGGCUGAUGGCCGAGGCUCGCAGCGAAAAGAUCCGACACAUGGACGAGCUGCAUUUAGCGCAGAAGAAACUGGCUGACCUGGAGAGCAGGGUGAAGGAGCUGGAGUCGAAGGUAGCGGAGCGCGACGCGAUGAUCAAAGUGCUGCAGAAACACACCAGCGCCGCGUACGACAGUGGCGCCUCCCUGCGGAACAACUCCAGCCGCGAGGAACUAGUGGGUCUGUCCCCGGGCGCGUCGUUCUCGAGCGCCGAGGGCGUGGGCUCGGGCGUGGCGCGCUACCGCCACCUGGCGCGCCGCAACUACUCGCCGCAGGACAACUGCUCAGGUUGCGGGUUCGACAGCACGUCGCUGCGGCUGGACGAGCAGCUGGCCGCGCUCGAGUCGCGGCUGGAGCGGCCGCCCGUGCCCGCCCGCGGCCUCUGCUGCUUCCCCGGCUUGGGCACGGUUGGAGCUCGCGGCACUAAUGGCCGCGGCGAGGAAGCCCUGCUCCUCGAGAGACAGGGCCGGGCCUCACAGCAAACCCGCUCAUCUAGCCUUCCGCCCCCGCCGUCCGCUCUCCCCCGUCCACCAAGGAAACCCUCGGCCAGAACCACUGCCAGAUACGAUCGACUGGAACACACGAAUAACAGGAAGGACUCUGACCGCUCCGGCUCAAUCGCCUCCACGGCCUCCCGCAGCUCGCCACUUCCCUACGACACCGUUCGCAAGCUCCCCUCCGUGCCCACGUCGGCCUCGCUGCCAGCGGCCGAGUCCCGCGAGUCCCUCGUGCGGCCUCGGGACUCGAGUCUUCCGUCGCCGUCGAAGCUCGCGGUGUACGCGGCGGCGCGGCGUCGUUCUGCUGAGUCAGCCAAGGAUAAUAAACGGACGCAUCAUUAUCGAAUUCAGUUCUAGUCAUUUAUUAGUAGUCUUUUAAUAACGUCUUGGGUAGU